AUUUGAGAAGCGCGUACACUAGUAAAAAUAUUGCAAUCAUGUGCAUGAGGAUGACUCUCCUGCUUCUCCUCACGGUUAAGAGUCUCCUUCCCACGAUCUUCUCGGCCGAUGGAAGCAGCAAAGCGGAGAACGUGACCCAUCUCCACUUCUUCUUCCACGACGUCCUCAGCGGCCGCAACGCCACCGCCGUCAGAAUAAUUGACCCUGUCACGUCACCAGCGGGGACGGGGACGGGGACGUUGUUCGGCUCGGUGGUGAUGAUGGACGACCUGCUGACGGAGGGGCCGGAUCCUUCUUCGCAGGCCGUGGGCCGGGCUCAGGGCUUUUACGCUUCGGCAGACCUCACCGAGCUAGCCUUCCUCCAACCCAUGAACCUCGUCUUCACCGCCGGAAAAUAUAAUGGCAGCGUCCUCACCGUGCAGGGCCGGAACGCUCCUUUCCAUGAGAUGCGCGAGAUGGCGGUUGUCGGCGGGAGCGGCCUCUUUCGAUUCGCCCGCGGCUACGCGCAGGCGCAUACGCACACAGUAUCUGCCAACGGGGAUGCGAUUGUCGAGUACAAUGUGUAUGUCAUGCACUUUUCUCAAAAGUAAUGACGUUGAGAUGAUGGAUUUUUUUUAGUUGACACGGUAUUUUCAAUUUAAAUAAUUUGAUUUGAGAAACUAAAAA